AAUUGCUCCGUCGGCAACCUCCACCCUAGGACGCGCCCCCGUGUGCCUCGGCACACAGACACGGCGGAGCCGGCGGGCUGGGCCGUUUCUCUCACCCUCACCCUCACCCUCACCCUCACUCUCUCCAUAUCUGUCUCUCCAACGUGCUCUCUGUGGUUUGCAAACAGUCCCCCCCACACACACCUAAGCAAACACACUCAGACUUGUUCACUCGCUCACUCGGCCCCGACAUGGCCGGGCCGGUCCGCCAGCCCAUUGACGUCGCCGCCCUCGAGGCUUACAUCUCGCGGGCGGUGCCCGACAUCACACCGCCCCUGGAUGUCAAGCAGUUUGGAUACGGCCAGAGCAACCCGACCUACCUGCUCACCUCCAGGCCCACCGGCCAGCGCUUCGUCCUGCGCAAGAAACCCCCCGGGAAGCUGGUGUCCAAGACGGCGCACAAGGUCGAGCGUGAGUACCGCAUCAUCCACGCCCUGCGCGACACCGACGUCCCCGCCCCGAGGGCAUACAUCCUGUGCGAGGAUCCUGCCGUCAUCGGCACCCCCUUCUACAUCAUGGAGUUCCUUGACGGCCGCAUCAUUGAGGACCCCUCCAUCCCCGGCGUCUCCCCACAACAACGCUCUGAGAUGUGGUCCGACGCCAUCCGCACCCUGGCCAAGCUUCACACCGUCGACCCCGCCCGCCUCGGGCUCGGCGACUUCGGGAGGCCCGACGGCUUUUACAACCGUCAGGUCAAGACCUGGAGAACCAUCUGCGAGGCCCAGGCCGCCGUCACCGACCUCGACAACGGCCUCAAGGUCGGCCACCUGCCGCACUUUGCAGAAAUGACCACAUUCUUCGAGAACCCCGCCAGCCAGCCGACUGACAGGGGCACGCUGAUCCACGGCGACUACAAGAUCGACAACCUCGUCUUCCAUAAGACGGAGCCGAGGGUCAUAGGGAUCCUGGACUGGGAGAUGUCCACCAUUGGCCACCCGCUCUCUGAUCUUGCCAAUGCUCUCAUGCCCUUCUCGUCGGCCCGCACUGUGAAUGGGCCACCCGAGAAUAGGAUCCCGCAUGCCCAAGCCGCCUUCCUGCCCGGCGCCACCCCGGGCCUCCCGGACCCAAAACAGCUCGCUUCUACCUACGCGACCGCCGCCGGGCUCGGCAGUGGCAGGUGGGACGGCAUGGAGCAGGAGCUCAAGUGGACACUGGCUUUUGCCACUUUUCGCCUCAGCGCCAUAUGCCAGGGAAUCGCUGCCCGCGCUGCCGUCAGGCAGGCCAGCAGCACAAACGCCCAGAUGCUCGGCAACGCGAGGGGCCCAGUCGCGGAGCUCGCCUGGACCUUGGUCCAAGAGUUUGACGAACAACAGGCCGGGGAGGAAGGGCCCAGGGCGAAGGUCCCAAUUGCGCGACUGUAACAGCGGGAGCUCAAACAGCCAACGAGAGAUUUUAUGCCAUAUCCCCGGGCUACCAAAUGAAAUCAGUCUUUGAAAACACAGCCAUCCCAACCCC